AUGAGGGACCGGAAGGCAGUCCGGGAACCCAACCCAUAUGUGUUUGAGGGUUAUGCCCGAGGAUUGACGGCGGAGCUCUACUAUGUGCGUGAGGGCGUGGUGAACGAUUACGCCCUGAACUGGAGGGUGCCCGUGGCCGCCAACGUGCACCGCCUCUACUUCAAAUGGCAGGCGCUCACCAAGAAGCCUGUGCUGUACAACAUGGCCAUUUGGACCAACGAAACGGAGCCGCCCGGACCGUCCCCAAUGGCCCCGCCCUCCGUCAACGUCUCCCUCACCGGUACUGUUCCCACGGAGCCCCUCACCUUCAGGCUGGACUUGCCCUGCCUAGGUAUACGCAGCGCUGAGGUCGACGUGAUUCUGAACAUCAAUGUGACGUCCCCGAGGCCCCGCCAGCCGCCCACUGUCCUCUACUUCAUGCGACGGAAGAUCUGCCUGGAGGGUCAGUCAGCCGAGACGUACGCCCCGCAUCUCGGCCCGCCGGGAGAACGAGGCGGCGAGGUGUCCAUGCCCGUGGCUUAUUACGUGGUGCCCUCCCUGGCUGGCCUCACCCUCGUCCUCACCAUCAUCGGUCUCGCUGCGUAUGUCAGGAGGAGGAGGCUUAAGAGGGAUCGCGACCACAGGAUUCUAGACGUGAACGACCUCGGGGUGAAGGCUCGUCCCAUGACUAACUCGACACUGCUUCGCGCCGCCACUCCCAACAACAACACCUACACCCUUCCCUCCUCAAUCACCAUCAAUUCCUACGCCUCCCUCAGGAAACUCACUACUCCCAUCACGCCCCUCACGCCCCUUACACCCGCCCACGCCCACAACCAGGUGUCCACAACCGUCUCUCUCACCCAGUGCAGUAGGGAGAGCGGUAGCAGGGACGCAUGUGAUGCCAGCAGAGACAGCGGCAGUAGAGAUACUUGUCAGUCGUCCAGCUCCCUUAGUAGGUCGGAGGUGAUCGUCGACCCGUCCGCUGCCGAGCUCCAGGAGAGGUUCCGACAGAUGGAGGUUGAGAGGCAAAGGGUGCGUCUUACAGCCGUGGCACAUGAAGGCUCCUUUGGAAGAGUGUUCCGAGGAUGGAUUCAACGCGACCGUCCAGAACAGGACCAGCAGGUGCUCAUUAAGACGGUGACAGAGGGCGCCCCGCACGACGAGGUGGUGGCACUCUACCGGGAGGGCACGCACUUGUUCAAUCUCUACCACAGAAACGUCCUCACUAUGGUCGGCAUCUCCUUCGCAGACAACAGUUCUCCCUUCCUCAUCUACCCCUUCCACGGGUACCAAAAUCUCAAGCAGUACCUGCAGGAGCACCGCGGGGGACACCUGCGCGCGGCAGAGCUGGUUGAGUUGGCAGUGCAGGCUGCCCACGGGCUGGCUUUCCUCCACACGGCAAAUGUUCUGCACGGGGAUGUCGCUGCCAGGAACUGUGUGGUGAGCGAAAAAUUACAGCUGCGGAUCACAGAUGCCGCUCUCUCCCGUGACCUCUUCCCCUCGGACUACGAGUCAGCCGGCGCAGAGUUAGCCAGACCUAUCAAGUGGAUGGCCUAUGAAGUCAUUACGGACCGCGUCAUCUCCACCUCCAGCGACGUGUGGUCCUACGGUGUGUUGUUGUGGGAGCUGACCACCCUGGCACAGCAGCCCUACGUGGAGGUGGCAGCGUGUGAGAUGGCCGAAUACCUGCGUGACGGCUACAGACUUGCUCAGCCUCUUAACUGCCCUGACGACUUGUACAAAGUGAUGGCUUUCUGCUGGGCCAUCCAUCCCCACGACCGACCCCACGCUAAGCUCAUCCUAGACUACCUGGCCGCAUUCCACCAGCAACUCAACAGCUUCAUCUGAUAUACGGAAAAGGGAGGAGGAGGAGGAGGGAAGGGACAAACGAAAACGAAUUCAUCUACAAACAAGAAAAAGAAAAAGAAAGAUGCAAAGAAUGAUGACAGCAAGAAGAAACACAAAGAUAUCGAAGAAAAGGAAAGGAAAAUAGAAAAAGUGAAGUUUGAAAAGUAGAAACGAAAGUGUGUAUCGUAAUACCAGAAACACCUGACACAAACUAUAUCUAAACCAUUAUUUCAUAAAAAAUAAAAAAAAAUAUCAAUAGUGGCUUCUUAAGAUAAAAAAGAAAGCUGCAAACGGAAAACUCCACCUUUGAUGGUUCCGAGUUUUUCCUGUAGGUGGCGGAAAGAGCACGCUGAGGCCGCAGGUGACACACAGGGAGAGGGGCGGGCCUUACAUGUGGAGGAGGAGGCUAGAUUAGGGAAGGAGAAUCAUCGCCUCCUGCCGCAGCAAGGGAUCCUACCCUCAGGCCGGGCGGGUUGGGUGGUCAGGGCGGCCUAGACACGAUAGGGAAGCCGAGUGUGUUCAUAGCAGUAGCUUUUCUAUGUCCUUUUACCUAGAGACUAACUAUUUUAGGCAUAAUCUGUGUGCACUUGUAUAGGUUUGUGUUACACCUGGCGGCCAGCGAACAUUCCACGCCGCAGGGUGUACUCGUACUCACACGGGAGUGAACACCUCGGCCAUGUGUACCUAGCCAAAUGUGUAUGUACGUAUGUAUGUAACGCAAUGGACAAUUAUUAGUACGUGCACACUCUUAAUGGGACGUACACGUGACGGGGUGCACUACUGAGGGGACAAACCUAGCAGGGUGCUCAUUGCGGGGGUGCACACGUCACCGCAGACUCAAGCUAUUCACUAGUCAUUUAGUUUUUGUACUGGUCAGGACCCGGUGCCCCCCACCCCCCCCAUCCCCUGUAAAGUGUUUGCUUGUGUGCUUGAUUCCCGCUCAGUGUUCCGAGUCCCUUUUUAUAUAACGCAGUGUGAGCCAGUAAACCGAGUCAAGAGUGAGUCCUUUCAACUUCAUAGCGUAAGGUGUCAUAAGUAUUUUCUCCACACCUUGUCCUGCUUCAGCAGUGAGUCCUUCGGGGCUAAUUGACGUUCAUUUGUUUCUUCCCUUCGAUGUUGUUGAUGUAAGGCCGACAACCAUUGGGUUAGUGUUAUAAGUAAGGCUUUUUUUGUACCUCUUGUCCAGUGCAAGACUUUGAUGUGAUAUUUUCUACACCGAUGGAGUCCUAUAUUAGGGGUCCGGCAUCGGGUUGCCGGCGGUGUUCAAAGGCAUUUUGGUACACUUACCCUGGCAGGCGAGUGGCUCUGUGCUCUCCAUUUCAUGCAUUGGUGGUUAUGAAGCACUUCUUUAUGUGAAUAUUGGUUUUAUAAAGUUUAAUAGAUUUUAUUAAUUCCUGUUCUUACUGUAGUGGGUGAUGAAAUAUGAUCACAUUACUUCAUGAUAUCUUCAUUUAUUUGUUACA